CGGAAGUUGUGCGAUCGGGUCCCCGUUAGCAUGUGUGGCUGCGCUUAUGUGUUAGCUGAGUGUAAAUAAGAAACACCGUUUAUUUAUUCUCCUUUGACUCGAUCUGUGGAAAACAUCUUUAUUUCAGGAUGUCAGGCAUCUGUUCAGAAAGCGGCUGAUUGGACAGUUAUAGACAGAAUCCCCGGAUGUGAGAGGAGCUGUUUGUUUACAUUAUCAUACAUGGAGCUGAAGAGAGAAACAGACGUCCAGCAGCUGGUGGUGGUUAAAGAAGAGGUUCCCCCUGAGCAGCAGGAGUGGAGCUCCAGUCUGGACCAGGAGGACCCAGAGCCCCCCCCACACAUUAAAGAGGAGCAGGAGGAACUCUGGAUCAGUCAGGAGGGAGAGCAGCUUCAAGGGCUGGAGGAGGCUGAUAACACCAAGUCCACAUUCACUCCUGUCCCUGUGAAGAGUGAAGAUGAUGAAGAGAAACCUCAGUCCUCUCAGCUUCAUCAAAGACAAACUGAACACCUGGAAACAGAAGCUGAUGGAGAGGACUGUGGAGGACCAGAACCAGCCAGGAACUCAGAUCCAGAGAGACAUUUACAACCAGAGACUGAGGACAACCCUGGAGACUCUUCUGAACCUGGGACUGAUGAAACGACUACAGACUUUGCAGAAUCUGAGACAGAAAAAGACAUGAAUGAUCCUGAUGGAAAACCAUUCCACUGCUCUGUGUGUGCUAAAAAAUUUAAACACAGGGGAAAUUUAAAUAUACACAAGAGAACUCACACAGGAGUGAAGCCUUUUAGAUGCUCUUUGUGUAGUAAAAUGUUUACUCAGAAAGCAGGACUUGACUACCACUGGAAGAUCCACACAGGAGAAAAACCAUUUAGUUGCACAGUGUGUAGUAAAACAUUUAGACACAAAGGAGCUGUAACAUACCACAUGGCGACGCACACAGGGGUGAAACCGUACAGCUGCAGCAUAUGUAAAAAAAGAUUCAGGGCCACGUCUGAGCUCAAAUACCAUAAGUGUGUUGGCGAGUUCUCACAGCUUCACAAAAGCCAAAGUGAUAAAUACAACAAACCACUGAGCUGCUCUGAAUGUGAUGCAACGUUUCCCAACAAUUACCUCCUGGUGACCCACAUGAGAAUGCAUAAAGGAAAGAAACUGUUCACUUGCUCUAUUUGCGGUCAAAAGCGACAGUUUAGUUCACAUCUGGACAUACACAUGAGAACCCACACAGGAGAGAAACCGUACAGCUGCUCUGUGUGCGGUAAAAGAUUUUCUCAAAGAGGAAUAAUGUCGCAACACAUGGCAGUCCACUCAGGAGUGAAACCAUUCAGCUGCAGUGUCUGUAGCAGGAGAUUCUUUUGGCAUUUUCAGAUAAAAAAACACAAGUGUCUUGGUGAGUCUUCGCAGCAGAGAAGAACCGGCUUUAAUGGAGAGGAUUGUGGAGCUCCAGCUGACUCAGAUCCAGAGAGACAUUUACAACCAGAGACUGAUAAAGGUGGCGAACCAUCUCUAGAACCUGAUGACAAUGUUGACAUUGAGUUUUGGAACGAUACCAGGCAGCAUCAGUCUGGGUUCACUUAUCGAAGAAAUAAAAAAGUAUCUAUAAGUAAAGGAUAUAUGACCAGUAAGACAGCAGUCAGCUGCUCUGAUGACCAGGUUCAAACAGAUCCCAGGACUGGUGAUGGUGUUUGUUUUUCCACACAGACCAGGCAUCCUCAUUCAGGUCCAAACCAUUUGGAAACUGAGGACGUUUCCAUCAGCGAGAAUCCAUUCAGUCCCUCAGAGCGUAAAGAUCAAUAUGAGGACAGUCAGCUGACGCACAAAACAUCUCCCACAAGAGAGAAACCAUUCAGUUGCUCAUGUUGUGGUAAAUGGUUUGCAACAGAAGGAAAUCUGACCAGGCACAUAUGUGUCCACACAGAGGAGAAACCACCCAGUUGUGCAGUCUGUGAGAAAAGUUUCCUCCUGGAGUGGCAGCUCUUGAACCACGAGUGUGUCGGCGAGCCCUCGCAACGUCACACCUCUAACCCACUGUUCGACAGCUCUCAGUGUGGAACAGUAAUAGACCGAAAGCACCAGCUGCCGGUUACCAGCAGAAUUCAGAAAAGUCUGAAACCGAAUGAUGGCUCACUUUGUGGUAUCGCUUUUUCCAAUCUUGAAAGUUCUCACAUGCCUGGUCAGUUUGGGGAGAAACCUUUCUGCUGCUCUGUGUGUAACUCAGGUUUCAGUGACAGCGAGGCUUUAGUACAACACAUGAGGAUCCACACGAGACAAACCCAGUUUAGUUGCUCACUUUGUGGUACAGAAUUUGCAUGGAGAAGAUCUCUGACUAAACAUAUGAAAGUCCACAAAAGGCAGCAAUUAUGCUGCAGAUAUUGUAACAGAAUGUUCCCUUCGCAAUUUACGCUGAAAUACCAUGAAUGUGAGGGUAAGUCCUCACAGCCUCUUCAAACAGAAGAUGUAGAAACAGAAGCUGAUGGAGAGGACUGUGGAGGACCAGAACCAGCCAGGAACUCAGAUCCAGAGAGACAUUUACAACCAGAGACUGAGGACAACCCUGGAGACUCUUCAGAGACUGAAGACAGUGAAGACGAUGAUUUUUGGAAACAGAGCAGUGAAGGCCUGUCAGAUUUAAACUCUCUGAAACAUGCAUUUUCCCACAGUGGUGAAACAUUUAACAGCAAUCACCAGGGAGAGGAAUUGUUUACUGAAGGUGGAAAUCAAAACCAGCAUAUGCCGAACCAGGAGGACCCAGAGCCCCCCCCACACAUUAAAGAGGAACAGGAGGAACUCUGGAGCAGUCAGGAGGGAGAGCAGCUUCAAGGGCUGGAGGAGGCUGAUAUCACCAAGUUCACAUUCACUCCUGUCCCUGUGAAGAGUGAAGAUGAUGAAGAGAAACCUCAGUCCUCUCAGCUUCAUCAAAGACAAACUGAACACCUGGAAACAGAAGCUGAUGGAGAGGACUGUGGAGGACCAGAACCAGCCAGGAACUCAGAUCCAGAGAGACAUUUACAACCAGAGACUGAUGAUAGUGUUGAUAGUGAUUUUUGGAAGGAGACCAGGGAACAUCCGUCAGGUUUAAACAUGUUGAAAAAUAAUGAAAUCACUGACAGCGACUCUGGAAACAAAGCGUUGACCUUCCCUCGGGCUGAGAGUGACGACAGUGUCGACAGUGAUUUCUGGAAAGACAACAGGAAACCUCAGUCGGCAUCACCGUGUUUAAACGAAAAUCAAGGAGCUGAAAGUAAAACAUUCCGGAAACCGUACAGCUGUCCCGACUGUGGGAAAAGGUUUCCCCACAAUGCCAGCCUGAAGAGCCACAUGAAGUUGCAUACGGGCGAGAAAACCUUCGUCUGUUCUGUUUGUGGUGUACGAUGUCUUUACAAAUCCCACCUGAAGAUACACAUGAGAACUCACACCAGAGAGAAACCAUUCCCAUGCCCAGUGUGUGGGAAAACAUAUGCACACAAGGCAAGUAUGCAGUCCCACAUGACCGUCCACACUGUGGAGCAACGGUACAGCUGCAGCAAGUGUCACCGAGGCUUUGCCUGGCAUUCAGAGCUGAAGUACCACCAGUGUGUCGGGGGAUCAUCACAGGACCACACGGACCAGGGGGAAACCCUAUAGUUGCUCAAGUUAUAUUUGCAUCUUUAAAUGCAGUGCUGUUUAAAACUCAGAGAGACUCAGUUUACUGUCAUGUGACAAAAUAAAGCAGCAAGCUCAUAUUUGAGGAUUUGUGAAGCUGUGGAAAUGUUUGCAUAUUAUCUUGAAAAUAAUGAAUAUGUUCAAAAUGUAAUUCUGAUAAGGUUUAUUAUUUGUAAGUAAUGUUUUGUGUAAUUUUCUUUUUAUUAUACAUGAUCCUGUUUGUCCUUUUUCUUUCUGUAUUUUAUGAAAGAAUGAAUGUGUAAUGUAUUCAUAAGUGGUACAUUUCAUCACGAUGGAUCUAAACUACAGGAAGAUUCAGGGGAUUCCUGUCAACUCUUAA